AUGCUUAUCGGGAGCUUUUAUCCUUUGACCGCAGAUGAGUGGAUCGAAAUGGCUUGUUACAUAAGCUCAGAAUAUAAUACAGAUGAUAGUGAAGAUGAAAGGGAAUUGACCAAUGCAGACGCAGAAGAAAGCGAAUCGGGUGAAUCAGGAGGAAAUCAAGAGAUGAGCCAGCAAGUAAUCGUAGAGGACGAUGAGGAGAAAAGUAAAUAG